AUGUGGAGGCACCAGUUCUUGAAGGAAAAUGUAGAUGGAGGCAGGGGUUCACUCGACAGAUCGUGGCUUGCGACCGACGACCACGUUCUCACCAAUGUUGCGGAGACCACCUCCCACCUCGCCCAUGAGCGCAAGGAAUUGACCUGUCUCUGGAUGGGCCAUUACCUCGCUCAAUUCCUGAAGAGCCAUCUCAAGACGUUUUCCGUCGCGGGAAAGCCUGGGUCUGGCAAGACGGUUUUGACCUCUGUGAUUGUCGACCAUUUGCAGCACCCCAUUGGCGGUAUCUCUUACAACACACUCUUGAUUCCCAUCAACUCUGGGAUUCCCGCAGAGACCAGUCCUCGUGCCGUCACCCGUACAAUCCUUCACCAGCUCUUCGCGAAGCGCAUUGGAAACGUCGGGCUCUUCCAGAUCCUGAGCGAAGCCUUCGAGCGCAGCAAGGUCAUCACAAGCGAGGACGAAUAUGACAACUUAUUGUGGAAUGCUCUCAAAAGCGCUCUUGGUGCAACCCUUCACGGCGCCAAGGACCUUAUCCUCGUUGUGGAUGGCAUCGAUGAGUCUACUUGCGGAGAGGCUGCUCUCCUGAAGAAGCUUACUUCUGUGGCCUCCAAGGCCUCCAAUGUUAAGCUGAUUGCCCUUGAAGCGGAGAAGCCACAAGCGGGAAAGAUGGUCCGAAGCCAUUUUAAGCCAAAGGGGGCAUUCUCUGACUUGGAUGAGAUGGAAUCCUUCCUCUGGGCCAAGCUCGCUACUAAGUACGUCCGCGGCGAAUUUAGGUCUGAUAGUCUUCGCAAGACAGUGGAUGCCCUAAUCAGUUCCAAGCCGAGCAUCUACGACUUUGUCAUCCAGGUCCUCCAGGUCUCCGAGGCGACUAUGGAACUGACUGAGCACUACCAGCUGGUCAGGGAAGAGCAGAAGGUCCGGGAGAUUAUGAUUUCCCUCAAGAAAAUUACAGGGACUGAUUACGACGGAGACGAUGGCACAACCAGUAAUCUCAACGUGAAGCUUACUGCUCGCGAUGAGAAAGCUGUUGCUGAGACUGGACACAUUCUGGUUCUAGACACCGAGUACGACAAGAAGCUCGAAGUAGCCACCCAGUUCGACUUUGACGCAUCUCUGCGGGCCGCCGAGAAAUGCGUCACCAAGGGACGCCAUGAGCUUGCCGAACGCACCUACGUUGAGACCUGGCAGCGGGUGUCUGGGGAGACGCGCAACCAAGUAUCCUCGGUUUGGGAAGAGAGAAAGAUGAAGUCCAUCCUUGCCUACUCCAAGUUCCUCAAGACGCACAAGAGGGAAUACGAGGCAUCUUCGAUCCUGUCCAGCUUCUGGCGGGACACCCAGCAGAGCAACACAGCCAUCAGCAGCCAGGCCUCUGCCUCGUACUUCCACGAAAUUGCCAAGAUGAUGAAGACCGUAGGACUGGCUACAAUGGCUUUGUCCAUCUUCAAGGGCUGCUCCGAGUACUACAGGAAUGCCAACUACAUCCAGUCCUCAAGCUACAAGGAGAUCCAGCAUAGUAUCCAAAGCACCUCGACGGAGGUGAUGCAGUCGGUCAACUAUUCAUCCUCGGUCGUGUCCGAGUCAACCCUGGAGGAGAUGAUUUACGAAGCGUCUCGCUCCAUCAGCACCGUCGACCAGACCUCCUUCAGCACGACCGAGGGCUUGGUCCAGCUGUAUGUGUCCCAGCACCGCUGGAGGGACGCUACGCGCCUGAUUAAGCGCGUUCUGCAGGGUAUCUGGCCGACUCUCUUCGCCGCAUCUCUGGAGGACGUCUCGCUUCCCUCCAAGCACCUGGAGAGCUGUGUCACCCUUGCGGAGCGUCUGUGCCAGUGCUACCAUUCUCGCCGUCGCUCGACCAAGGAGCAGGACAUUCGCGUCCGCAUCUAUCGCUCUUUUCGCUCUGGACGCGACGUUGAGGACAAGCUACGUCAGCACGCCAUCACUGAGCUGCUUCGGUUCUUUGAGACCAAGUCUCAGACCGGCUUGGUCAUCAACGUCCACCAGGUUCUGCUUGUCUUAAAACAAUCUAUUUAUUUGCGUUUGUUUGAAGUUGGGGAAAUGCAGCCGAACCUAUUGUUCUGUUCAUUUAUUUAUUUUUGA